AUGAGCUUCCCUGGUGCCGGCGCACCUCCAGAAGGCGUUGAGCCAGACCUAGAAAACCCCGAAGACGUUCUUUGGACAUGUAACUUCGUGACCCAGGGACUCACCAUAUUUCUUGUCACUAUUUUCGCUCUGGUUCGACUGUACGCCAAACACAAGCUGUUUGGCGGCAAGUUUACAUGGGAUGACUCCGGAGUAUAUGGCGCGGGCCAUAACCAGUGGGAGGUGAGGAAGGAGGAAAUAGAGAAUUUCUACAAAGCAGGAUACGCAGCCACCAUAUUCUAUGCGCCCAUGACUCUUUGCGUCAAACUUUCGCUUUUACUCCUCAUUGCCCGCGUCUUCGGCAGUGUUCAUAAGAAGACAAUGUGGGGAAUCCGCAUUCUCAUUGGGGGAAUCGUGGCCUACUACGUCUCGGGCGUUUUCAUCAAGAUCUUCAUAUGCUGGCCCAUCAGUGCAUACUGGCGUGGUGAACGGGAGAAAUGCAUGAAUCAGAGUGCCAUCAUCACUGCAGACGCCAUCAUUAGCGCGAUAAGUGACUUGGCUAUCCUUCUGCUCCCUACACCCCUCACCUGGUCCCUGCAGCUUGCAUUGAAGAAGAGGCUUCGAGUAAUUGCUAUGCUGUGCGCCGGGGGCGUUGCAACUGCAUUUAGUCUCUAUCGAUUGGUUCUCAUCCUUUCUGAGGCGAACUCCCAGAACCAAAGCAUUGUUUUUACCAAGGUCAUUCUCUCAGGCAAUGCUGAAGUUGGCCUCGGGCUCAUAUGCUCGUGUUUACCAGCCGUCAAUGCCCUUUAUAUUAAAAGAGUCAAAGGGUCAUCGUAUUUUGCACGACAUGAGUAUCAAAACCAGUAUCACCGCUCCGCCCACAAUGAGCCUGGUCGUGGCGACAUCCUGAUGACGAGGACAAUCCGAAUCAACACCUCGUCUAAACAAAGAGGCGAUGGCGAAAGUAUAUUAACUGCCGGCUGUGAUGAUGCCGCACUGAUUGCAGAAGCGCAGCAAGCGCCCCGAACGGACACACCAAGCAGAAAAUCGGAUUCAAUCGUAUGA